AUGAGGGGAGUGAGGAAUGAGAGAAAGAGGAAAAGGAGAGUGAAGAAUAAGAGAAAGAAGAAGAGGGGAGUGAAGAAUAAGAGAAAGAAGAAGAGGGGAGUGAAGAAUGAGAGAAAGAAGAAGAGGGGAGUGAAGAAUGAGAUAAAGAAGAAGAGGGGAGUGAAGAAUGAGAGAAAGAAAAAGAGGGGAGUGAAGAAUAAGAGAAAGAAAAAGAGGGGAGUGAAGAAUGAGAGAAAGAAGAAGAGGGGAGUGAAGAAUGAGAGAAAGAAGAAGAGGGGAGUGAAGAAUGAGAGAAAGAAGAAGAGGGGAGUGAAGAAUGAGAGAAAGAAGAAGAGGGGAGUGAAGAAUCAGAGAAAGAAAAAGAGGGGAGUGAAGAAUAAGAGAAAGAAGAAGAGGGGAGUGAAGAAUGAGAGAAAGAAGAAGAGGGGAGUGAAGAAUGAGAGAAAGAAAAAGGGGAGUGAAGAAUGA